AUGGAUCGCCGAUAUUCCAGAGAAGAGAAGGGUAAGGACAUCGUUCGUUCGCAUCAUUGGAUCCGUGAGCCUCCCAUCAAACUCCCUGAUGAAGCAAACCCCGCACUCAUUGAAGCCAACAAGCUUACGCUCAUCGGUAGGGUGUUGAAUCCCGCUAUACAAAAACAAAAAAAUCUGGUUUCGUUUAUGCCGCAGGUAUGGCGAAUGGAAGAUAGGAUCACCGGCAGAGAUUUGGGACCGGAGAAGUUCCAGUUUAAACUCAAAACCGAAGCUGACCUUCAAGCUGUUCUUAGCGAAGCCCCCUUUAACUUUAAGAGGUGGAUGUUUGUGUUGCAGCGAUGGGAACCUAUUAUAUCAGAGGCCUUUCCCUCAAAAAUCCCUUUCUGGGUCAGAGUGCAUGGAAUACCGUCACAUUGCUGUACUGAAAACAAUCUAAAGGCCAUUGGUAAUGUUCUUGGAACCUAUGACAAUCACGAUAUAGAAGAUGCUGCUGUUCGUGUGUAUGUUAAUGGCCUCAAACCGCUGAUUCAGCGCAAAUCGAUACAAUUCUCUUCUGGCGUGGAAGUAUCUGUGAUCUUUGAGUACACACGGCUAGAGAAACACUGUUUCAUAUGUAUGUCUAUGUCGCAUGAAAAGGAGGAUUGCCCUCAAGCGAACAAGAGCUCAAUCCGCGAGUCCCCAAACAGCCACAUUAACAAUCAGCAAACUUUGCAGCGACUGGAAGCAGAUCGACAGAGGAAGGAAGAUCGAAAAGCUCUCCCUGCUCUCACCUCCUCAGACAGAGCAAAACAAAGAGUUGACAGAUCUGCGGAGCCUAGAUAUGGACCCAGUCAUCUGUGA